AUGGGCCAUUAUUCAAAGGGAUCUGAAAAACCACCCUUGAAGGGCGACCGCCUUCGUCUGUACAGCAUGCGAUUCUGUCCCUUUGCUCAGGUACUGUACUCACGCACUGUAGCACUCUGAACAAUCCGACUUUCGCUUGCAGUAAUAGGCGUGCCAAGUCAUGCUACUGCCGUGCUUUACUGUCGUGCUAUACUAAGGAAAUAUACUAAGGGCGAAUUUACAUUAAUUUGAUCAACUGAGUAAGGAUGUAGCACGACGUUUGAAACGGGCCUUGGCCCUUGGAUUCUAUUUUCGCCGCCCGGAAAUCAACUAGGCGAGCAAAGAGUUAUAACAGUUUUUCAAACUAAGCCAUCUAAUCUUCAUUUGCAAACCUUUAUUUAAAGUUCAUCCUGGUACGUCUCUGAUCGCACCCUGCCUUCAUAUUAUUUUUCUUGAAACAUCCUGCACUACCCACCCUAUAAUAACCCCAAGCGGGAUCAGAAGUAAAUUUCUCUUUAUAAUAUCAGCAGAGUGGUUAUGAGAAUUAGAAAUUGUAAUUAAUUAUACUUGGAAAUUUUUUAAUAAAGGUUGAAUAAAGUUAGGGACAUGAUCACACAAAAUGAAUUCAGUUGAUACUUUUAGCUUCUCCCCAAUAUAUGAGGACAAGAAGCAAGAAAUUAUACUUAGCUAUCAGGGAUUAUAGGGUUAAAGGGACAGGUUCACGGUUAAGCACAUGCUCAUUAAUUAAGUUACUUUUUUCCAAAUUAUUAUUUAUUGUAUCGGUUACUAAUCCCACUCACAUGUAUCUCAGUGAUCUCAGAGUGUAUUUCAAAGUAGAAGUGUAUUUCAGAGUAACCCGAAGUAGAAUGGAGGAGUACUAAAAUCAGAGAAAAAAUUAGGGGAUUAUGCCAACAUUACCAACGUUGAAUUUACUGCUGACUUGAAGUGUUUACUCCAUGGUUGAUUAAUUUGCAACUAUUUGCAAAUAUUUAAGUUGAUCAAGUGCAAGUGAGUGCCAGGGGAGUGUUCAGAUUGGUUCUUUGACAACAUUAUGACAUGAUCAUAUUGCUUGCAUAGAUGAUACUGCAUGACCUGGCAGAAAAACAACAUUUUGAUAAAUGAGCAUGCGCUGAACCGUGAAAAAUUUAAUCUCCUGAUGAGUUCAUCACAUAAUCUAUCUACAGAGAGCCCGUCUGGUUUUAGCUGCUAAAGGCAUCAAUUACGAGUGCGUGAACAUCAACUUAAAGGACAAACCCGAUUGGUUCUUUGAUUUAAACCCUGUUGGAAAAGUUCCAGUGAUUGAACAACCUGAUGGGGCUGUCAUAUAUGAGUCACCAAUAUGCUGUGGUAGGUACAUGUAGCUUGUUUUGUAAUGGCCCAACUUAGGUAACAGGUGUACUAGGUAAGUCCAAGGGUCAUAUUAGCUAUUGUUUUCAGACUCUAAAACAAUGACUACACUUGUAAAAGUUUUUUGAAAUUGACCCCAAAACAUGCAAACUGAGGGGAAUGGCAUACCCAGUGGGGAGGGUUACUCCCAUAUUUAAGCCACAUAGGUAUGUACCACCCCAAAGGGUAUGAUUUUAGCACCAUUUUGGUCUCAAAACUCAGGGAGGCACACUUCCAUCAAGAACCCCCCUCCUUCAGUCCCUGGUAGCCAUAUAACUUUCUCUCCACCACCUUGUAAAAUCCUACGAAAUAAUUUAGCACUGUGCAAGCCAUUUUCCAGAGAGGUUUCAUUUGAGUGGUUUUUUAUGUCCCUUCCUUGGGAUUCCACCACAUUGUCGAGGUGCAAUAUAUAUUUGGAAUGAAAAAUCUUAUCCGUCACCCUUACUCAGUUUAGGGUGCUACAUGUAUACAUGUACAUUCAGGGUUGUCUUACAUAAAGUGACGUGUGACCUGAAACUUCUUAAAUCAAAAUAUUCUAUCAUUUUGUCUAAAAAUAGUUUUAUGGUUUGAGAAGGUCAUUGCAUAGAGGUGAGAAUAUUUUCAUUUAAUGUUGAGUCAAACUUUGGUCUUAAUCUUUGCCAUGUGAGUCCAAAAAAAACAUGAAUUCUUUGAUUCACUCAAAUACCGAGUUAAUUGUGCAAUGACCAAUAACUAUGAAGAUAGGAAAAGUUUCAUCACACCUGAUUGGCUUAAUAUUCCCUGCUACACUGACAAAUAUUUCUGAAAUUAAUAGAAUAAAUAUUUUAUUUCUUAAUUGCACAGUACUAACUUUUGUUCCUUUUCUCUCUCCUUUUUUUUUCAGAUUACCUGGAAGAAGCAUUCCCUGAUAAGCCUCAGCUUUAUCCUGCUGAUAACCCAGUUAAAAAAUCCAAGCAAAAGAUUAUAGUUGAAACCAUAGGAAGUGCGGUAGGGAUCCAUUCUAUCUCAGUGCCAUUAUAUACGUACUAAUAGCAACUGCUAAUCCCUGAAGCCCAUUUCACACCUGGUCCCCAGAGAAUAGCUAUUUAACAAUUAUUCCUUGAGCCCCAAUGGGCUCUGAGUCAAUAGCCCAUAAGGCCGAAGGCCGAAUGGGCUAUUGAUUCAGAGGCCAUGAGGGCGAGAGGAAUAAUUGUUUUAGUAGAAUCCAACUAGUUAGUCAAAAAUAUCGAGACAAAAUAACUUAAAGCAAGACUUUAAUCCUUUUUUGCCGCCAAAAAUCCAGCACUUUUCGCUACUAGUGGGCUAUAACAUAUAGCCUAGUAGUAGCUCAACCAAUCAGAACACAGCAUUAAUAAUAGACCACUAGUUGGAUUUUACUAAUGUCAGUUAUGGCUGCCAAGCAUUUGAAUUAAGUUCAAGAAUUAAGGCACAAAAAUGUGAUGCACUCCCAGGGUUUUCAUUAAGAAUUCUAGUAGUGGGAGAAAGGUGUAAUGUUACAUGAGAAUAUUUUGAAAGAGGCUCCCCAUUUGAAUGAAAAAAUAGUCACAGGCUACCGAACAUUAGCCAGAGAAUAUUACUCUGCGGGGGAGGGGGGUACUUGGGUUAAUUUUAAUUUUCGCUGGGAAUGUGCUGCUGGCUUCUCAGAGCCCCUACCCCUGAUUAUAGUCUAUUCUGUGGCCAAUUAUAGACCCCAUCUUAGUCACUUUUGGGCAAAUGAGUAAUUUUCACUAUCCCAACCUAGUCAGUUUGUAUUUUUAAGAAUUGACCCAUUUCUUAAUGAAGAACACUUUACUUUUCAUCUGCAGUUAACAAACAUUCUGGUACGUUUGCUAACCGUAAAUAUGAAGAACUGUCUUACCCCCCGAAAAAAAAAAAAAAAAAAGAAAGAAAAUGUGCGACCCCAUUCUAGUAACUCUGUUGAAAAUGUGACCCCAUUAUAGCCUAUCCAGUCGUGAAAAUGUGACCCCAUCCAGCGGCACAUCUCUAUUAGCCUGGAAUCAAAGCGAUCCAGCAGAAGGCAAAGAGGCAAGUUUGGUUUUAAAUUCGGAAAGCGAUUGUGCUGUUUUUGCCUCGUAAGAAAGAUUAGUCCAGACUAUUGCACCACUAUACUUAAAACUUCGUUUGAGGAAAUUAGUCUUUGGCCUUGAAAGUGCUAGAUCAGUUUCAAGAUUCCUAAGAUUAAAGUUGAUGUUACCAUCGCUGACGUUCAGUUUUGUAAAGGAUGCAGCUUCAGAUGGGGGCAGAUCAUAGAGGAUUUUGUAUAUUAGGGUAGCCUUGUGAUGUAAUGUUCUUGAUUGUUUUUUACAGUUUAAUACUGCAUUUUACAAAACCCUUCGUGCUCUUGGUGAAGAAGAACCCAAGGAAGAACUGAAAAAACAACUGUCUGCAUUUGACAAUUAUUUGAAACAAAAUGACAAACAUCUUGGAGGUAAGCGAAAUAUUGCCACUCAUUUCACAAAAAUAAAAAAGAAUCAUAAAAAGUAUAGAUAACAAACCAAAGGACCAUGCUGGCUUUUGUUCCUGAGAACAAUCAAAUUGUGGUUCCCUGAGUAAUGGCAUAUGUACAAGCCAAAAGUUGGAGUCUUCAACGUAAAAAUAUGAAACUGCCCCUGAGAUGUAAAAUUAUUUUAACCAUUCACUUUCCAUCGUCCCUUAGCCUCUUUUCAUUUUCUUUCCCUAUUUGAUGCUUUUGUUUCCCUCCACACCCCCCCUUUUUUUUUCGUUUAGCUGGGCAGAUACUGGGCUACCAUCUUGGUGAGAAAAGUUUUAAGGAAAACCCCGAGGAUAGAAUGUUCAGAGUAAUAUCAUAAGGUCGUCAGGAUCGAACGCUAAACGCUGACCGGUACAGGCGACCAGCUUGAUUUUGUACCGAGGGGGCUGGCGUCCCCUGCCCUCUAAGUAGAUUUCACAUCCAAAAUGGCCGCCCGUAGCUCAAAAGUCUUCAAUCUCGUCUUAAUAAUAUGCAAAUGAGUAUAUAUGAUAGGAAACACUGGCAUGCAUUGUCCCAUUCACUUCACUUUAUCCGACACGAAGGCGAUUGGCGACCCACCGGCCCUCCCCAGCGAGUAAGUUGGGUUCCAGAUUACCUAUUCAUGCAUUCAGUUCAGUCUGUCUUGGGCUUGUCCCAGGUCAGAUUGACUCUCCAUACCAUAUUAUAAUGUCAUGAAUAACAAUACCCUGGGAUGAAUAUUAUACUCUGAACAGUCUACCUUUAGGAUGAUUGGUAAAUUUUUUUUCCCUUUAAAAUUGUACAUGAUUUUUUUCAUUUUUCUCUGGCCUUUUUCACUGAAUUGUAUUCAUUUGGGUAUGGCCUUGUGCACUAUGAGGUUUUGAAUCCACCCCAUUUUUAUGCGUUACCCCCCCUACGCAAACCUAAGAUGCUUUUCAGUCCCCCCCCCCAUCCCCCCCCAAGAAACAGCACUACAAACUUCCCCUUCUCUUUUCCCUCCCAUUCCCUGCUUCCUCGUUUUACGUGCUUUCCGUUUCUCAUUUCUGCUUUUUCUUUGAUUUUCAUUCUCAUUUCUGCUAUUUUUCUGAUUUUCAUUUUCCUUUAAUUGAAAGGUGAUAAACCCGGAAUGGGAGAUUUCUUAAUGUGGCCAUGGUUUGAACGUCUCCUUGUGAUGCAGCCGCUCAUUGGAUUAGACCUUUCCCAGUUCCCAGCUGUCUCUGCAUGGUGCGCGGCCAUGAAUGAAGUGCCUGCAGUAAAGGAAUGCAGUUAUCCGGCGGAAUUGCACAUGAAGUUCUACGAAGGCUACAAAAAUGGGGACCCUGAAUCCCAACUCGUUGGCAUCGAUCAGAAAGCAUAAUGCAAAAUCGGUUGCAUUUGUCAUCAAAAUCAAAGCUUUUUUGGUUCAUGAUCGUCAACAUAUGCUGUAAACCAUUUGUAUCAUCUUACAACAUAGAUGAAACAGAAGUAUUUAAUCAAUGUAAACCGAAAAGGUACCUGUGAAUAAAUAUAAAGUCCUUCAAAAUUUCAA